AGUGAAGGGUGAAAGGCACGGUAUUAUGAUAAUAGUUGAUAUAAAUGUUAGCCUGACAAUAUUUCACUCAUUAUAGCUGAUUGAAUUACGACAUAAACAGGAUAUAUUAGAGCGGAACGUAGAUCAAUACAGAAGAAAACAUCAGUGGAACCUUCCUGUAUCGAGGCCUGCAGAUAGUUUAAACAACGAGCUAGAGCUAGACCCAGUGGUGGAACACAGCAUUCGCUCGGACCGGAAGCUGCUAGGAAAGUGAACCAUCUAUGGUGUAAUGGACUAAAUAAGCUCACAUUAAAUGAAUGCAGCCUCACAUCGGAAAGUAGCCUGACAAACAUCAGACAGAGCGCGCGUGUGAGAGGAGGCGGGCUGCAGCCGUGUCAACGUAUUCAGCAGCAGCAGCUAUCUCUGUGGAUGAGCGACGUCACACAAGCUCUUGGAUGAACUGAGAAUUACACUUUCCAAACAAUGGAAUCGGGCACCUGGAAUUUAAUAUUUCAUCUGAGUGUUCUCUUUGGAAUUUUAUCAUUUCUGGCCAGUCUGACAGAAGCUCAGCUUUGUACUCGCUCAGCACGUGUGGAAGCAGGGAAGAAUGUCCAGCGAGUGCCUAUGAUACGGAGGAUCCCUGCUCAGUGCUCUAACUGGGACAGGUCGUGGGUGUGGCUCACCAAGAUAGACUGUGGCACCAAAUAUGUAACGGAGUUCGUCAAUUUCCCGAGCAGAGAUCCGACAUACAGAACGGAAUAUGUGUGUUGUCCUAAUGACGCUGAGUGUAAACAUGCUGCUGCCAGAAACAACGGCCUGAAUGAGUCAGACGAGCGAUUCCUCGCCAUCACGUUCGGCUCAGCCACUGCAGUUCUCAUUAUCAUCGGUCUUGUUUUUAUCAUCAGCUUCUGUCAUAAACGGAGAAACAGCUUUAUAUUCUGGAGUAGGAGCCAGGAUGCUUAUGAAGCGACCAAUGGUGUUGAGCCGACUGGUUGUAACAUGGACAGUGCGGGACAGAACGAGUAUGUCAGUGAUGAUCUCAAACUCGUCGAGUCUGAAUACGAGGAAAUCUGUGAUGUUAACCAGGAAUGGAAAAAAGAAAAACUACCUAUAUUUGACAAAGUUUGCGAUCCUGUUGAAAACAGUUCCAAGCUAGCUGGGGAGAAUUCCCUCCCACAUACAAAUGGCGUUCUUCCUGUCAAAGUCAAUUCUGUUAGUGAUCAGACAGAAUCCAAACCUGUAUGUUGUACGGAGUCUGUCCAACCAAUGGACGGCAACCUUAUUAUGGCCGACCGGCUACUGUCACAAUCAAGUAAUUGCGCAGACACACAGGAAAUGAAUCUUCUUCAUCUUACUGAUUUUAGUGAUAUAAAGACUCAGAUUGAUUCUGAGUCUACUGACAUCUCGUCAUCAAAAACAAAUGUCAAAGACUCCACUAUUGAUAGCAACCUUUUUGUUGUGGAUGAGGCAACGACAGUAGCAAGUGAGUCUGUGGUACAGCCCAGUUGCCCCCCACAACCUGAGGAGGUAGGUCAAGGUGAACACUGCGGUCAAGGUCAAACCCAGUAUAUAAACGUUGAAGGAGUCAACAAUGACAGUAUAACAGAAAAUAAUACAAACUUGAGUAAGGGUGAAAGGUCACAUUCCUACGAACAUCUUGAUCCUACGACACGAGAGGACCCCUCGUCCAGCCAAACCUACGAGGCCUUAAUACCGGUCAUCUCUCCUGACAAUCGGCUAGAUCUGUCCACUAGCCCGUCUACUACGGAAAGUUAAUGUGAUCAUAAACAAAAUAUACACUAUUUACACAAUGUAUACGUUCUACAUGUCCAAACCGUGUCUACACUUCUACAUACCUUAUACUGAACUAGUAUCAAUUUAAUGAGAUUUGAGUUAUAUUUAUAAACAGUCCAUUUUACCGUAAGUUAUAAACCACAGUAGGACCUAUGGAGUCUGUUUUACUAACAGCACACAUGUCGUGAGGUCAAUCGCUCCAGUGUGAUAUGUUGUCUACAUUGAUGGCUGUCUACAAUAGACAAUUUUAAUGAACAAUUGGCAUAUGAGGACACGAUAUCAGACAAUGAAAUAAACCAACCUUCAGGAACGGUAAUUACAGUACAGAAUAUUGUACGGGGUGAAACAUCAACACGCUAUGGUCAUCACAUUCUAAGUAAUGUAAAAGUACACUUACUAUACGUAGCUGUCACUAUGAUAACAAUCUAAAAAUAGUUGUAUUUUAAUUGUGACAUUAGUCAUUGUAACCAUGGUAAAAUCUUACUAAAAACAUUGUUACUAUGGUCAGUGUUACUUUGGUAACCAUUGUAGUUAUAGCCAUUGUUACUUUGGUGUUCGAUGCAACUAUAGGCAGUUACCAUUAUAACAUUUGUUUUACUACUGUAGUUGCUAUGGCAUUCUUUGUAACCAUGGUAACAUUAAUAUAAUGUUUUGAACAUUAUAGAGUUAUCUCUUUUGUUUAUUUACCUUGAGAAGUGUAUUCUCAGGGGGAACUACUCUGAUGGAGGGUUCUAUUUUAUUUAUACAUGUUUGUUUAACAAAUGUGCUGACUUUCCACAAACAUGUGAUGCUAUACGAUGGUGCCUGUAACACGUCGACAUAGUCCACGUUGUACACGUCGACAUAGUCCUCGUUGUACAGGUCGACAUAGUCCACGUUGUACAGGUCGACAUAGUCCUCGUUGUCAUUGAUGGCUACAUAGGUAUCGUGAUUAUAUAUACUAGGAUGUAGUUUUCUUUUAAUUAGAGCAUUAUCAUACUGUUUGCCUAUUGUUUCUCUAUAUUUAGAAUUCUUAAAAUAAUACAUUUAGAAUCUCAUUGAAUUGUUUUUUUCUAUCAAUUAUUUUAUUGCUUGUUUAUAUUUAAAAGAAUUCCAAAAGUUUGCUGCAUUCACUUAUUUAUUUUUAAAUUUUAUUUAUAUUUGUAUUUCUCAUAAAUGCAAUUAACUUUUGUUUCACAGAAUACUACACAUAUUUUUGCCAAAAGUUUGUUUUUCUUGUAGAUUGUUGUAACAUAUAUCCGACCAUUAUAGAAGUCUUUAACAUUAUCUGUCAUUGGUUUAUGACAACUAAUUAUAUAUCGAUGUUUGUACAUAUGUGACUGUGUGAACCAGGAUCACAAGGGUUGUAUGAUAUAAAUGACGGGAGAUUGGGGUGUAUGCACGGUUACCAUGGAUACAUGUACUGUAUGACCUUGUAGCUUUGCAUUUCUCUUUUAUAUCUGUAACAGAUUCUUACCUUUUCUAUACAUUGCUCAAUGGUUACCAGUGGAUACAGCGUGAUUGGUGCGUGACGUCAGAGAGUGAUAGAUUUAUCUUCAUCAUUAUCUUCAGAAACUCACACGCUUCACUCGCAUUAUGUCGGCAUAUAUGGACCAAUUAUUAUCGAUUUCUUAAACAUAAAAAAAAAUCUAAUUUACUAAAACUCUAUUAAAACAUGUCUGUGUUUUACCAUUAUUUUACACAUCUUAAUAACUUUUUAUAUGUGUGAUGAAAUUUUCGUUCGGGUACUGUAAUUAUAAUGUUGGACUAUGAUGUGUACUGGAAUGUAACUAAAACUGUUUUAUGAAUUCCGUGUUAUGUUACACUAUUUAUGUCCUCUCACUCUCUAAAGACAACUUUUGGAAAGUAAUAUUAAUCUUAUCAAAGAAAUACUAAUUAAUAUCAUUAUUGAUGAACUAUCCUGAAUGAAUCGUAGUAACAGAUCCUAGGUGGAAAAAAGAAACUGAAGAUCUGUUUCACUUUUCUGCUCCAUGUACAUGUUUUUAAGAAUGUAGACCAAUAGAGAAAAUAACUCCCUAACACAUGUCCUCAGAACCUAAUUAAAUUUAUUGAAAAUCAAUAUCUAUGGAUGACAUGUGAUCGCAAUAUCAAUAUGUGUAAUUAAAGGAUCGGCCCUUACACUGUAAGUGUGACCGGGUUCUGUUAUCUAGCUAUACUGUGACAUUCAUUUCAAUCUUGUCAUGUUUGAAGAUGAGCACUUGGAAAUAAAAUGUUCAAAUUUUACA